GGGUUUUCAACGUCUCUAUGCCGCCCGAGUAUGUCUUAAAGAAGACUGCGCCUGGCUUGUUGGCCUGGCAGGGCGACCGCAUCCAACCAGUGGAGGUGAUGACGGCCAAGUCCAAGGCAGUAGAGUUUACCACCCUUGCAGAGGCCUUGGGUGCGAACGCCACAGAGGUGGGCGAACGCAUGGCGAAGGUGAGACCGUCAGUUCGCGUCAACACCACGGUGGAAGCGACCCUCGUGGAGGCUCUGGUGGAUCCUGCAGAAAAAGGUUUGGAUACCUAUCAGUUCGAAUUCGUCAGUGACUUCAUCCAUGAGUUGAAACUCUACGCUUUGCUGAAGGCUGAGGGUCAAAACUAUUUGUGCAGUGUCAACCUUAGAACACCAGCCCUGUUGUGGGAAGAUCGGCAGGAGAAGUUCCGGGGGAUCAUGGCGAGCCUGACGCCCCUGGAAGCGCAGCCAAACAGGACAUCAAGUGCUUAGACCUCUCGGAGAGCGAUCCAAAUGGCACCUGUUGAAGUGCGGCAGCGAUCCAAAGUCAACUCUCAACAGUGACUUUUGU